AUGAAUGCUCCAAAAAAAUCAAUAAAAGAAUGUUGUGAAAUUCUGAAUCUUAAGAUAUCUGAUUUAAAUAACGAUGGAGAAAUUAAAAAAGCUUAUCAUAAAUUAGCAAUAAAAUGGCAUCCAGAUAAAAAUAUGGGGAAUGAUAGACAAAGGUGUGAAGCCAAGUUUAAAGAUAUAGUGGAGGCUUAUGAUAUAUUAACAGACCCUCAGAAACGGAGUCAAGCAGAAUACGACUCGAAAAAGAAGGAGAUAUUUUCUAGAGGAGUUGUUAGCAUAGCAAGAACAACUAAAUUUGAUGGGUCAUUAUUUGGAGGAGGUGCCAAGUUUGCAAAACAAGGAACUAAUCCAGGGCUAAUACAUAUAUCUCAUAAAGAUAGGCAGAGUUCUCAAGGCUCAGUAUCUGGGCUGAGAAAGUCAAAGGAAAGUGAUUUGAGAGUAAAAGAAAAUUAUAUACAACUAUCAGAAAAACUAAUCAACGGAAUAAACACUAUCUACGAAACAGUUUCCAAUGCAGUGAAUGGGAGUGAAGUAAGUGUAAGUACUGCUGCCUCCAAGAUUCUUGAAUUUAAGAACACAAUCCUAAAAAACACGAUUAAUAGUAAAACUUCCAAUUCUUUUGAUGGUGAACUAGAAAGCACACAACAAAACGGAGAUAUCUUUAAGCCAGCUUCUGAGAAUAUUCAGGAGCUGAUCCGUAGAAACAAGACUUCUCAUGAUGAGGAUUUAGCUUCUACAAACCCACCUUCUGAUAGCACGAAUAGCGAUACUGAAAAAACUCCUUACCUUCUCUCUAAAAGUCAAAAUACACCUGAUUACAGGAUGAAUAUGUUAAGUGCCCCCAAUUACAGAACUCCUAAUUAUAUUCAACAACAAACUCUCUGUAGCGGAUCAGACGGUCCCCACAUGUUUGGAACUUCAGUUACAAACAAUUCAGAUAAGUGUAGACCGAGGGUCAACCUUUUUAAAGAGGAUACAUUUGAAAAGGUCCCUGUGAGACAUGCACACAAGAAGAUAAUAGAGAAAAUAAAGAUAUAUCCAGAAGGCAGCCAUGAGACAAAAAAACCAUCAGAAUACAGGUUCACUGGAGGUAAAUUGAUGAACUAA